GUUGAGGCAAUAAAAUCCAACAUGCUACGAAGAAAGUGACAACAUCAUGGAAGAACAAAGUCAGAAGAAACCGAAAAUCCUCUGCCUCCAUGGAUUCAGGACCAGUGGUGAAAUCCUCAAGAAACUAGUUUUACGUUGGCCUGAAACUGUAAUACAAAAAUUGGACCUCGUUUUCCUCGAUGGUCCAUUUCCAGCACAAGGAAAAUCAGAUGUUGAAGGCAUUUUCGAUCCUCCUUAUUAUGAAUGGUUCCAAUCAAAUGAGGGUUUCACUGAGUAUAGGAAUUUUGAAGAAUGUUUAGCAUACAUUGAAGAUUAUAUGCUGAAAAAUGGUCCUUUUGAUGGUGUACUUGGAUUUUCUCAGGGAGCAUUUUUAGCGGCUGCAUUACCAGGAAUGCAAGCACAGGGAGCAGCACUUCAGAAGAUAAGCAAGAUCAAAUUCCUGAUUCUGAUAUCAGGUGCCAAGUUUGGUGGCAUGAACUACGGAACACCUAAACUAGCUUCCAAUGCAUUUUCAAAACCAAUUGAUUGUCCCUCUCUUCACAUUAUAGGGGACAUGGAUUUCUUGAAGCCGGAAAGCAUUAUUUUGCGAGAGGGUUUUGUCGACCCUGUUGUGAUUCAUCAUCCAAAAGGACAUACAAUCCCAAGACUUGAUGAAAAGAGUCUUCCAACCAUGCUUGGUUUUAUUAACACAAUUCAAGGGAUGAUUUCAGAUGAUCGGAGCAAGAAUUGAAUCUUGAAGUAGAAUUUUUGUUUCCUUCAUCAAAAUAUAUAGUGAUUUUGUGGAAGAAAUAUCUUUAUUCUGUUAUAACUACUGCUUCUGUGAGCAUAGCAGAAACAAUUAGAAAUAAGAGUUUGAGAUUGUUCACAUUUCAUAUAGUGAAAUUUGUUGUUUCCUAUAGACAUAGUCCAAAUUGGGUGAACCACCUUAUUUUGAUGUGUCUUGAUAAGCUGUGAAGAUUAACCUGAUAAGUAGCAAUGAUAAGUGAUUAGCAACCUGUUAGUUAGUUAUCUAGCAGUUUUAGUUAGUUAUGAA